UAUAAAACGCAAGGUCUUUUGUGCAAACAAAAGCCCAAGACACACCCUAUAAAUAUGACAGGUUAGCUUUGGUAGGACGCACCCGGCACCUCCUCAUCAGAAGAAAAAAAAAAAGCUUUGGUGGGACGCACGGCGCGAUCAAUUCAUGCAUGGCACCCCCUCAGUAGGAGAUGAAGAUGAAGUCGCUGUCGCUACAGACGCGGUGCCCGCCGGACCCCAUGGCGCAGCACGGCGGUUUCUGGUUUCCCGGAUACAUCGUUGAGGCAAUGGAGGCCGUGGCGCUGUUCGAGCCGAGGGCAUCCGACGUCUUGCUCGCCUCCUUCCCCAAGUCCGGCACGACCUGGCUCAAGGCACUCGCUUUCGCCGCGGUCCAUCGGGCAGAGCACCCGCCGCACAGUCCGGACCAUCCGCUCCGCCACCGCAACCCCCACCAGUGCGUGGAAUUCCUGGAGUUCGCCUUCGCUGAGUCGGCCACCACGGCAGACGACGUCUUCGCGGCGCUCCCUUCUCCGCGCGUGCUUGCCACCCACCUGCCCUACUCCCUCCUGCCGGAGCGCGUCACGGUCACGGCGGAGGCCGGCCGAAUCGUGUACAUCUGCAGGGACCCCAAGGACACGCUGGUCUCCAUGUGGAUGUUUGCCAAGAAGUGUAUGGCGGUCGCCGGCAGCGGCACUGCUGUGGAGGAGGAGGACACCUUCACCUUCAAGGAGGCGUUCGAGCUCUUCUGCCAGGGCCAGUGCGCCAACGGCCCGCCGUGGCACCACGUCGCCGGCUACUGGGAGGCGAGCCAGAGGUGGCCCGACAAGGUGCUCUUCCUCCGGUACGAGGAGCUUCUCCAGGACCCCGUGGGCAACGUGAGGAAGCUGGCGGGGUUCAUGGGCCGCGGUUUCUCCGAGGACGAGGAGGCAGCCGGGCUGCUGCAGCAGAUUGUGGAGCUGUGCAGCUUCCACGCCCUCAAGAACAUGAAGGUGAACAAGAGUGGCACCGUGUACGACCUGAAGAACGAGUCCUUCUUCCGGAAUGGGGUCGCCGGGGACUGGACCAACCAUAUGACACCGGCCAUGGCAGCUAUGCUUGACAAGAUCGUCCACGACGCACUGGGGCUGCAAGGGUCGGGCUUCACCUUCCGACCAUAGCACUUCACCUGCCGGAUCCGAGGGGCGUGCCUUUCAUUUCCACGUUUCCAAAGUCUGAGUCUUGUUGUCUACACACAGACAGCAGGGUGUUUUGUGUGUGUGUGUGUAUACAUAUAUAUGGGCGUGGUUAUAUGUAAGUUGUUUUUCUACAUCUACUAAUAAAGGAAGAACUACAUUUUACAAUCCUAA